CCACUCCCACAAACAGGAACAGGUGGCGGCAGGCGGAGGCGCCGCGUACAACCCGAGCGGGCUGCUCGCAACACGAUACACCAUGAAAACCACUUCGUUUUAUGCGGCGAGGGCCGGGGCGGAAUAAAGAGUCAAGUUUGCACAGGGGGGAGGAGGAGGAGGAGGAGGAGGGCGAAAAGGAAAGAAAAUCUUCCUCCUGCUUUAAUCUGGGCUUGGGCUGACGCUCUUCAUUUCUGUUUCGGAGAGAGAUCCUUGUUGUGUACAUAUUGUUGUUCCCGAGAGGAGUAAUGAAAGUGACCGUCUGCUUCGCGAGAACCAGGGUGGUUGUUCCUUGUGGAGAUGGAGCCAUCACAGUGCACAGCCUGAUCCAGCAAGCGGUGACCAGGUACCGCCGAGCCAUCGCCAAGGAUCCAGGCUACUGGGUACAAGUGCAUCGUUUGGAGCACAGUGAUGGCGGCAUCUUGGAUCUUGAUGACAUCCUCUCUGAUGUUGCUGAUGAUAAGGACCGACUUGUUGCCAUCUUUGAAGAACAAGAACCCCAUCAUGGUGGCGAUGGUACUAGCGCUAGUUCAACUGGCACUCAAAGCCCAGAGAUAUUCGGCAGUGAGUCUGCACCUAACUCCUUGUCUGCGUUUCAACCUUAUCAAGCAUCAAGUGAAAUUGAGGUCACACCCUCUGUACUUCGAACAAACAUGCCACUUCACGUGAGACGCAGCAGUGACCCUGCAUUGAUGGGUCUUUUGUCUUCUGUAACGGGACCUAACCUUAAUCCAACGGAGCCGUCUCGCAAAAAUCCUACCCGUUGGUCUACAACACCGGGCUUUCCAAAGCCAAGCCAAACAUCUAGUAGCCUUGACAGAAAAAAGAAAGAAACAACUCCGAGGAAUCCAAUGAAUGGACAGGACAACUACAGGAGUUUACCAAGAGAUGCUGGCCAUUGGUCAAAUCAGUUUCAGCGAGACAAUGCCCGAUCUUCUUUAAGUGCCACUCAUCCGAUGGUGGAUAAAUGGCUGGAAAGGCAGGAACAGGAGGAUGAUGGAACAGAAGAGGAGAGCAACAGGAUCGAGCCAGUUGGACGUGCUGAUUCCUGCCUUGAGCAUGGACAGAAUUUUUCGCUCGGUGAUGUGCUGAAGCUGGUUGAAGUCUCUAACGAUGGAGGGCCUUUGGGAAUCCAUGUAGUGCCUUUCAGUUCCACAGUGGGAAGGACCCUGGGGUUACUGGUGAAGCGCCUGGAAAAAGGUGGUAAAGCUGAACGGGAAAAACUGUUUAAUGAGAAUGAUUGUAUCGUCAAAAUAAAUGGUGGUGAUUUGCGAAAUACACGAUUUGAACAAGCACAACAUAUGUUUCGCCAAGCCAUGCGUUCACACAUUAUUUGGUUCCACGUGGUCCCUGCAGCGAAUAAAGAGCAAUACGAACAAGUCUCUUUUGCCGAAAAAAAUACCUAUUAUUCCAAUCGAAUCAACACAGAUACUCAGCCCAUUGAUCGAAAGAGUGCUAUAAAUGCAAGCUUUGAUGAAACACCACAGAGGUUAUCAAGAACAAGCACUGAGACCGAUCACACUGCUUCCUACUCUCAUCUACCUCACAAUCAGAACUCGGUGUCAAAACCUCCGACAGGACAGAAUCUAACUCCCCAAAGAUUGAGUUCUACACCCACCACAGGAUUCAGCACCAAAAAAGUAGGGAAGAAACUCAACAUCCAGUUGAAAAAAGGUCCUGAAGGCCUCGGAUUCAGCAUCACGUCACGGGACGUCCCUGUUGGUGGCUCAGCACCAAUCUAUGUGAAAAACAUACUUCCAAAAGGUGCCGCUAUCCAAGAUGGCAGGCUGAAGGCAGGAGACCGGCUUCUGGAGGUAAAUGGUGUAGAUCUAACCGGAAAAAUACAAGAGGAAGUGGUAACGCUGCUGAGGAAUACUAAGAUGGGUGGCACCGUCAGUCUGCUGGUUCUCCGGCAAGAAGAAACUUUCCUCCCCCGGGAGCUGAAAAAGGAAUCAAGUCAGAUGCAGGCUCCAAGUGAUUUGAAAGCAGAGGAUGAUGACUUGGUGCUUACACCUGAUGGUACCAGGGAGUUCCUGACUUUUGAAAUUCCUCUUAAUGACACUGGAUCUGCAGGCCUUGGGGUUAGUGUCAAAGGUAAUAGAUCAAAGGAAAACCAUGCUGAUCUGGGCAUAUUUGUGAAGUCCAUCAUCAAUGGAGGAGCAGCAUCUAAGGAUGGUAGACUUAAUGUGAAUGACCAGCUGAUAGCAGUGAACAGUGAAUCAUUGUUGGGAAAGACAAACCAAGAUGCCAUGGAGACACUCCGGAGAUCCAUGUCCACAGAGGGAAAUAAAAGGGGAAUGAUCCAGUUGAUUGUUGCCAGGAGGAUAACAAAACACAAUGAGCUCGAGACACCUGGGAGUCCCCCUGGGCUUGAUUUGCCUAUUGAUGCUGUGAUGGACGACAGAGAGCGAAGGAUUUCACAUUCGCUUUACAGUGGAAUUGAGGGACUGGAUGAGUCACCCACCAGGAAUAUUGGGUUUAACAGAUUGAUGGGUAACUACCAUAUGUCUCCAACGGUGAACAUGACCCAAGACGACAUUGUUAUUAUUGAGGAUGACAGACCACCUGGCAAUCUUCCUCGACUGUCCAACCAGUCCUCUGUGGGUUAUCAUCAAGAAAUGAAUUCUGUAACUUCUGGUCUGUGGGUGAAAGAACCAGAUAAAGAGAAAGCAGAUGGUGUUUUAAGUCCAGAUGUCGAUCCUGCCAUUGCCUUCCAGCGAGAGGGAUUCGGACGUCAGAGCAUGUCUGAAAAACGUACCAAACAGUUUGGAGAUGCCACUCAGCUGGACUUUGUUAAAACACGAAAAUCUAAAAGCAUGGAUUUAGUAGCUGAUGAGACUAAUCUUGAUUCCUUGGCUGAACAGAUAACCACAGGCUCCUCGACCAGGGAUGUUGGGCCUUCAUUAGGACUGAAGAAAUCAAGCUCGUUAGAAAGUCUGCAGACAGCAGUUGCUGAAGUAACUUUGAAUAGUGACAUUCCUUUCCAUCGCCCACGACCGCGAAUCAUCCGAGGGCGAGGUUGCAAUGAAAGUUUCCGGGCUGCCAUUGACAAGUCGUACGACAAACCUGCAGAAGAAGAUGAUGAUGAUGAAGGGAUGGAAACAUUGGAAGAAGACACAGAGGAGAGCUCCAGAUCAGGCAGAGAGUCCGUAUCAACUGCUAGCGAUCAGCCAUCGCUGCCUGGUGGACAUCCGACAAGCACAAUGGAGAAACAGGUCAAUGGUUCCAGAGGCAAAGAGGAGAGAAAGAAAGAUAAGAUUGGGAAAGAGAGAGAAAAGAAGAAAGACAAAGAUAAAGAAAAGGAGAAAGAGAAGAAUAAAGCCAAGAAAGGGAUGUUGAAGGGUCUUGGUGACAUGUUCAGGUUUGGAAAAUACCGCAAAGAGGAAAAAGUUGGGAAGCUUGAUCGUAAAGGGUCAAACAAGGGCAAGGUGGAAGAAACUCUGCCAUCUGAAGAUGAGCGGACACGAAUGAGACAGGAGCAGGAGAGAAUUCAGGCAAAACACCGUGAAAUUCGGGAGCGGCAGGCCCGGGAACGAGACUAUGCAGAUCCACAAGAUUUGAAUAGAACCUAUGGAUCUGAUGAUGACCCAACAUAUGCUGGCAUGAGUUGGUACGAAUCUUCUUUAGACAGCAGGCACAACCUGAUUUUAAAUGCUAGACCACAGAGUGCAAGAGAAGAAACACAAUCAACAGAAGCGGUGUAUGCUCAAGUGAAUAAAUCAAGGAAUGGAAAAAUUGCAACUGCGGAAAGUAACAGACUCGCUCCCAGUAACCACGAUCGGAUACAGAAGCUAAGAAACGAAUUUCAACAAGCAAAGCAAGAGGAGCUAGAGGACCGGAGGCGUACAUACAGUUUUGAACAGCCUUGGCCCAACUCUGGUCCCUAUGCUCAAAGUGGUCGACACUCUGUGUCUGUAGAGGUUCAACUGCAGCGCCAGAGACAAGAAGAAAGGGAAAGCUUCCAGCAGGCGCAGCGACAAUACAGUUCAUUGCCACGGCAAAGUAAAAAGAAUUCCAGCUCCAUGACUCAGGAAGCAUGGGAUAAAGGCUAUGCCCCUGGUGAUGGUUUCCAGAGCGCAAAGGACAAUCCCAGAUACUCAAGUUAUCAGGGCUCUCGGAAUGGCUACCUAGGACAUGGCGUUAAUGCACGGGUUUUGAUGGAAACACAGGAACUGCUACGCCAAGAGGAACAACGGCAGAAAGAUCAGCCCACGGAAGGGCGUAAUAACUACGACUCUUACAAAACCAAUCCCAGCUAUAGCCUUCCAAAAGGCCCUUACAGGCAAGACGUCCCUCCGUCCCCUUCUCAGGUAGCCAGGCUGUCCAGAUUACAAAUGCAGGACAAGGGACGGCCCUUCUAUCCCUGAUGUGUAGUUAGAACUUCAACAUACAAGGCAAUAAGUCACUUUUUUGGGGGAAAAAAAAAAGUUAAAGAGCUUGUUCCUCUGAAUAUCAAAGGAGAAGGACUUCAAAUCCGUAGCAGGUUUUUUGCGAUGAUCACUAUUCCAGUGCCUUCAGUAAUUUGAGAUAAGACUCACUGGCCUUAAUCUGCCUCCUUCUGUCUGUCACAUUCAUCAGUCGAUAAUACAGAAAGACUUUCUCACAGUUUGACAAUCAGGUGGAAGCAGAAGAACAAGUGUGGUGUCAUGAGGAUCUAAUCAUGUGAUUCUCCUCCAGACAGUGUGACUGAUUUUUAGCAAUUUAUAGCUGGAUUUAUUCUGCUACCUUCACAAUGCCCUUCUGUUACUGUAUUUGUGAAAUAUGUGGCCACCAUUCCCCCCCUCCCCCCGCCCCAAAAUGUAUACAGAUGCUAAGCUGGGCAUAAAAUGAUGCACACAGGAAUUCUGUUACAUUAAUCCCUAGGGGGCAAUUUCACAUGUGACAUGUACUUCAAUAUUGACUAGAAAAUGUUCUGUGGUUCAUUGUCCUCGAUUUUAAUAUUCUUUUCUUGGAGAAAUAUUGUCUACCUUUGAAUGGAAUAGGUCGUACUUCAAAAAAGAAUUAAUCUUGGUGUGCUUUUAGACUAUAAUGUUUUAAAUCUGAUUGAGAAAACCCGUGGACAUUGUGGAAUAUGUUAAAGUGCCCAGCAUACCACAUUACCAUUCACUUAUCCUUCUAGUUCAUUGAUGGAGAAGAGGAAUAACUGCCAAUAUUGUGAUUUCAGGGAAGAGAGGGUGGAUCCAGCAUUACUUACCAUUUUUUAGUACGAAUUCUUCCAUAUCUCAGUUCUGUUUACAGCUAAUAACCUACAGAGAGGAAGUGUUAUCCCAAAAUGAAAGAUAUAUGAAUAUGGAUGGCUACUGUAAGCCCUCGUGGCAACAAGCAGAACAAUGCUUCUCACAUCAGGCUAUUGGGAAAUACGGAGCAAAAUAAAGAAGGGAAAUACAAGAUGGGUUUUUGUGCAAGUCUGUAACACAGCAAAUCUGUUAGGUUAAGAGGAGACCACCGUUUAAUGCUUCCAGUGCCCAUUCUAUCUUUGUAUUGCACCAGAUGUGAGUGGUUAUAUAGUUACAGUGAUGUCUGUGCAAGUUCAAGAAAGGAAAAGAAGAAGCAACAAUUUUGUUUUAUAUAUAUAUAUUAUAUAUAUAUAAAAAGACAUGCAGAUAAGUGACUUACAUUUUAUUAUUGCUUUUACUGUGAUACCCUAGUGUACGUUUGGGAAUUUGGAAAGCUUUCCUUUAAACAAUUGUUUUAAGAGCUUGACGUUCCAUAAAUUGUGUGGAAUACAGAGGUUGGAAUAAUUAAGUGCCUACAGUUCCAUAUGUGAGGAGAAUGAAUUUAGGUCAGUUCUCACACACUAACCAUAGUGUGCACUGCAUGAAUCAGGAAGACUAUGCCUAUUUCUGUUUGGCACUUUUGUUUUGUUGUCAAGCUGUUUUUGGUCUAAGUGAAACCUCUGCACAAUUAUUGAUGUCUUGUUUGCCUGUUUGUCAUUGCCUUUAUUACAAUUUUACUAUAAUGUUUUAAACAAAAUGUAAACACAGUGCAAUCAGUUUUUAAUGGCUCUUUUACACAGUGUAUAAAACAAUGUAAGACAACUUUCUUGUACAUAUCACUUCAGAAUAAAAAAAACUGUUUCA